AUGUCACGUCGAUCAGGAAGAAAAGCAUAUACAACAGACAGAGAUACCACUCUAACUGAUCAACCCCCACCUCCUCCAGAAGAAGAAUUAAUCAUCGAUGAAGAAGAAGAUUCAAUCGAAGAAGAUGAAGAAUUAUUAGAAGAAGAUGAUGAAGUCACAAGAUGUAUAUGUGCUCAUGAUGAACUUCAACCAAACUACAUCAACAAAGAUUUAGAAUCAUUACUCAAUAAAGAAUUCCAAAUCAAGAUUGAUCAUGGAUUAUUUAUUCAAUGUGAUCGAUGUGGAGUUUGGCAACAUGGUUAUUGUGUUGGAUUGUUUGAAAAUGAUGAUGUACCGGAAAAGUAUUGGUGUGAAGUAUGUAAACCGGAAUUACAUAUUUUGAUUACUGAAGGACCACCAAUUAAAUCAAAAAGAACAUUAUAUAAACCGGUGAAUGAUCGUCGACGGAAAGUUGAACAAUUGUCAACAGCAAACAACACCACCACCAAUAAUAACAAUAAUAACACAACCACCGCCAACAAUAAUAAUAAAAGAAAGAGAAAUUCUCCAACUGCGUCAACUGCAUCCACCACCACCUCUACCAAAUCGGCAUCCUCGGCAAAACAAAACAGAAAGGAAAGAGAAAGAAGACAUCAUCAUCACCAUGAUUAUGAUGAAGAAGAAGACGACGAAUAUAAAGAAGCAUUACAACGUGCCAUUCGAGAAAGUGCAAAAGAAUCAGGGCUAGCCGUUGAAUCUGAUAAUAAUGCUUCCAAACGAAGAUCUCGUGGGAAUAGCAGUAACAACUCCACCCCGCCUACCGCCACCACUGUCAAUAAUGAUGUUGAUGAUCCAAUCAAAGAUGAAGAUGACCCAAUACCUGAACUCAAAAAGCCCAAGAUCGAGAUUGAAGGGGCGACAGAUUCAGAUAUGAAUGAUCAAGAUACGGCUUCAAAUAUAGAAGACGAAAUUGGGAUUGAUGAAUCAAAACUUGAACCCAAACGAGGUGGGAAGACCCGGGGUGGUGGGAAACUGGGGGCUAAUAAUAAGUCAAAAAAGAAAAAACCUGUCCUACAACCAUCUUCCGCUUCAUCUUCAGCUGCGUCUGGUUCUACUUCCGCUACAACUACGUCAAUGAAUAGUAACAAUGGUAAAGGAUUACCUUCUCGAGAAGAAUUGAUUAAUCAACCAUCAAAACCUAGAUUUGUGAGUGAUAGAUCUUCCAUAUAUGAAUUACGUAAGAGAACAGGAGCGAUAUUGGAAUGGUUAGCUAGAUCACAACUAGAAUUAGAAGAUGAAAAACUACAUAAACUUGAAUUAUUCAAUUUUCAACAAAAUGAAUCUGGGGAUGAACAAAAGAUUAUAAAAGAUACCGCAAGUUUAGAAGUUACUUUUAAUGAAAAUUUAAUAUUAAUGGAGAAAUUAACUGAUAAAAUCCUUAAUUGGGAACAAAAUUUCGGGAAAUAUGCUCCAUAA